UUGUCGAUGUUGUUGACACUUGAACGCCGACGCUUGAGCAGAUCGCACUUGUGUUUUGUAGCUGAGGCAAUCGCGUGUUUGCGUGUCGAAAAUUCGUUGCAAUAAAUACCCUGUAAUUUGCAGAACAAUGCCCAUCAAAUGUCAGUUUAAUUUGUCGCGCACGUCAGCGGUUUACUACACUGGUGAACAAAUUUCAGGCACAAUUACGCUGAAAAUCACUAAAAAGCCGAUGCAAGUCGAAGGCAUCAGCAUUACAUUGCUUGGAGUUACCACAACCAGCUGGCAUGAAGCAGCUAAAGAUUUAACACAUAUCGAGCACAACGAUAGCACUGGACCCACUGAACCGAUCCAGCUCCAUUAUGCCGCCUCAAAGACACACGUUGAGCAGACGCAGCAGCUGGCCAAGUCAUUGAUCUUGCCACCCGGCUGCAUGCAACUGGGCAACUUUGCGCUUCAAUUGCCCAACAAUGCGCCAGGCAGCUGUCGCUUGGAUUAUGGUACGACUAACUAUUCACUUCAGUUGACUCUGGAACGUCGAAGCAAGCAUGCCAAGCGAUUCCAGCAUCGUUUGUGCAUAAGAAACCGCAUUGAGUUUCAUGAACUGACACCUGCAACAAUUCAAUCCUCCACUUUGUGCCUCAACUUGCCACGCAGCGUCUUUGUGCCGGGACAACGCGUUGCCUAUCGUCUGGAGGCUUCAGUUCCCAGCUGCCAAUUUACGACCCGUCUAUGCCAAUGCAUCAGCUAUGAGAGCCAACAGCCUGUGGUCAAGUGCAAGAAGGUUGUACGGGUGCUAAAUGAGAGUUGUAAUAUGGAGGAUUCACUUCAUCUGCCUCUAACAGCGCCCAUUAUGAGUCGACUGUCUGGUGAAGCAAUUGAGAUCGCUUACUACUUGGAGACUUUAAGUGACUGCAGUAAACCACUGCGUCUACCUUUGUUUGUUGGCACUGUGGCGCCACCUGUCGACAAUCCAAAGAAUUGCUCUUCGCUUGGCUUUGUCAACUUUGGUCUCUCCGAAAAUGUGCUGAUGUGUUCAUCAAUCAAUCAGCUGCUGCCCCACAGCUGUUCCCGAGAAAUUGCCACCUCCAGUUAUGCCAAACACAACGAACACCUCAAAUUGCUGCGACGGCAGAAGAAACACUCGUACGUGAGGAUAGCUCUACAGUAUUUCUAUAAACAUUUACUGCCCGCUAAUUAGCUGAACAACUGCGAAUUUGCAAUAAACAACUAAUAUUAUUUAAUAAUAAAAGCAAUUUUACAUAAAUACUUGGAAAAAAUA